CCCUCUCUCUCUCUUCCUUUCUCCAGCGGCCACUCCGCAUCGACCGACAAACUUUUCUCCGGCGAAUUCUCUCCGGCAGACUCCAUCCGGCAACCUGAAAAAAUGUACCAAUGCGUUAAAAAGUGUACCAAUCUAUUAGCCUACUGGUCAUUAAUAUACCAGUACUAGUGGUACGCUACCAGUACAUUAAAAAAUGUACCAGUACAACGCUACCAGUAGAGAAUAACACAACGCUACUAGCACUUGUAGCGCUACCACUAGCACUGGUAGCGCUACCACUAGCAUUGGUAGCGCUACCAGUAGAGAAUAACACAAAAAAAGAGAUGAUAGUGGUACCAGAUGAUAGGAGAGCCACUGGUAUUGGUACCAGUGAGUAGUGGUAGCGUACCAAUAGCGCUACCAGUGGUAUUGGUACCAGUAGAGACUAUCAGAUCUGGAAAAAAAUAGGGAUGAGGAAAGAGGGAGGCAGGGAAGAGUCUUGACCUCGGGCGGCGGCGACAUAAAAAUGGUGGCGGGGUCAGCGUGGCACGACGGUAGGCGCGGCAGGGCGGAGAGAGGGAGAGGACAGCGGCGCGGCAGGAGCGGCGGGGACAGCGGAGCGGCAGGGCGGCGGGGACAGCUGGCGCGACAGGGCGGUGAGGACAGCCGGCGCUGCGGAGGUCAGGGGUGGCGGUGGGCAUGGGAGAGGAAGAGGGAGCUGCGGUGGUGGGAGGGCUGUGGCGGCGGAAAGAGAGGGAGGAGAGACGGUGAUGUCUACGGGAGAGAGGGAGGAGAGAGAGAGGGAGGAUGGAGGAGUUAGGAUUUUUGUUCUUCUUAUAUGGUAUGGUGAAUGAUUGGGUGUGGUAAAUUUUUACCCUUCCAAAAAUAUCAUUCCUUUAAUCUUAAACGUUAAUUAAAAAAAAAAAAAGAGACAGGAGAGAGAGCGUAUCCAAGGGCUAUGAAAUGGGAUGUAAAUCUGACAACCCCUUAGGAGUUGUCACCGUAUCUCGUCCCUCCAUACCUUGACUAAUGUGAAGCAACUGCCUCAUAUUAAAGUCUCUUUUCCCACUAACGAGUGUAAACAUCAACUUUUUCAAUCAUAGAAAUGUAAUUUGACAUUUUGUGGGUGUGUGAUCAAUAUGGCAACAUUUUUGAUCUAAUUGAGCCAAAUUUAACUCAUUCCAUUCUUAAACUUAUCUGUGGAUAUCAAAUUAAAGUUUUCCAUCUUAA